GGAGCUCCCAAAGGAAGCAGCAACCGCGACAUUCGUGGAUUCGUCUCGUCUUGCUGAUAUGCCGUCUGGGGGUGUGCGGAGAUGCGCGGGGAGAGGCUGGGAAGGAAUGCAUUAAGUAAAAGGAAAUAUAAGUCGGAAAUUUAUGAAACGUAAUUUGUAAGAGUAAAAAUGGCUCUAAGAGUGAACAUAAGACAGUGUCGUCUAUGCGCCAAGUCGACAGGUGAUUUAAUUAGUUUAUUUGGGGAAGGUUCAUCGAAUCGGAACUUGGUGAAGAUCAUUCGUGAGCGAUUACAAGUCACGAUUUCAGAAAAUGAUCCACUUCCAAAAACAGUAUGUAUGACUUGUAAGAAAACUUUGGAAGAAUUUGAAUCCUUUCGUCAGUCCUGUAUUUUGGCAGAGAAAGUUUUGAAAACGUCUCACGACAGUUCUUCUCUUCUUAUUGACUCACAAGAUAUCACAGUAUCUGGAGUUUCGAAAUUUCUUUCCUUGCCAAGUUGUGUGGAACCCAUUCCACAACAGAUACAAAACGUUAAAGUGGAGAUUUGUGAGACUGAUUUGGAAUCAAACAAUACUUAUCAGGACCUUUCAUGCCAAGAUCUAGAUAGUGAUAAUGAAGGUGCUACUGUUAAAGAGCCUCAUCAAGAUGACUAUAUUCUUGUCAAAGAGGAAGCCUUUACUCUCGGCGAUGGAAACAAUAGAGUGCCAAACAAUUUUGUAGAAUUUUCAAGGCCUGGAAUUAAGCCAUCAGAUAGAACAUUGAUCAAUAACGUCAAGAAACGUGAAGUUCUUCCACAAAUGUGGGAUGUUUAUGAAAAACAAAUAACUCACAAUAUUACUAAUGUGGUGAUGCGCCGAUACAUAAUUAGCAAAGCAGCUUUUCCUUGUUCCUUGUGCAAUAAGUGUGUUAUACUUCAACGCAACGUUUCUAAAGAAGAGGAUUCUUGUGAUAGAACAUACAGAAGCGAGAUCUCUGACUCUAGGUCAAUGUCUUACAGGUUUGGAGAAGAAAUGGGUGAAUUGCUUGAAUGUGAAUAUUGCAAAAGACCUUUUCCUCGAUUAAAUUCCCUUAAACGUCAUUUGCGUACUCAUUUUGGGUAUGAGACUUUACCAUGCAAAAUAUGUGGUAAAGGGUUCAGCCGUAAGGAACACUUGGUUCGCCACAUGUUACUGCAUACAGGAGGUCGACCAUUUGAAUGUGAAAUAUGUAAAAAAUCCUUUACUCGCAAGGAACACCUGAAUCGUCACUUGUUAAUUCAUAAUGAAACUUAUCUUGGGCACAAAACACAACCUGACUAUUGUUCUUCUAGCUUCAAAUUUGAAAAGAAUGGAAGUGAGGUGAAACCCAAACGCCAUACUUGUGAAAUUUGUGGUAAUGAUUUUGGUAGAAAAGAACAUAUGGUCAGACAUGUACGGCGUACUCAUUCUUUAAGUUAUCCUGAUUACAUUCCGUUGUCAAAUUUUACUAUUACCAAUAUUGGAGAAGAUUCUGUCCCUGCUUAUAGUACUUCAUCGGAAGCUUCAACAAACCAUCAUGUUUCAUCUUCAGAUGAAUUAUCAAUAAUUCAUGAAGAAAGAAACACAUUUCAUUGUAGAUUGUGUCCAAGAAGUUUUUCCUGUGAAGCUCAUCUUCUUCGGCAUUUAAAAAUUCAUGCUCGAGAUUCCAUGUUUGUUAAUGAAAGUAGAGUUCCUGGUACUGACAUCACCUUAUCUUUAAUAAAUGCAAAUGAUUGAAGUGUAAGUAUUGUGUCCAGUUAAAUCAUAAAAAUAGUUUUAAUGUGAAUUGUAAUUAAACUUCAUGGAAACAAAAUGAAAUGAGUAGAAGGGGUCAGGUGCAUAAAUUAUUGCUACAUAAUUAGUUAAAACUGUGUUAAAAAUGUAUUAAUUUAUGUAUUAAAUAUGCAUGAGGAUUGUUAUUAAGAAAGUUUUCCAUUCUUUUCUUUUUACUGUUGAUUUAGGGAUUUUACGCACAACUACAUUUUAUGCCAUUGUGCUGUUGAAACAUCUAUUAUAGAAGUGUGAGAAUUGAAUGAUUAUUUUAAAGAAUGUAUUACUAUAGUAUUUUUGGUAGUUUUUACUGUAGACUUUGUUUAUUCUUGAGGAUCUUUUACAUGCAAUAAAUCUACAAGGGCAGCUGGCUUUACUUUCCCUCUGAAAGGGAGGCAUAUAAAGGGUUUUUGGUCUUUAAAAAUCAACUACUUCAAUCGGUUUUGAAUCCGCAAACGUGGAUGUAACAGCCUGGUAUUCUAACCGUUAUGUCAUCGAAACGAUAAAUACAACCAAAGCCGAAUUAUAACGUUGAUAUACUGGGCAUAUUGUUGUUCAUGUUUAUUGUGUGCUUAUGGCAUUGACUAAACAGUGUUUCAGCAUUGGUAAAUCGUAAGCAUAAAAUGAAUAAGGAUUAUGUGCAAACCGGUUAAGAAAAUCAGUAUGUUACUUUGUGUAAUAUUUAAAACCAUGUGUAGUGAGAUCAGAAUCUUUGAAACGUUUAACAUUUGCCUUGAAACUUGUGUUUUUAUUGGGUCACUUCACUCUUUUCUUUGAAAUUAUAGUUGGAAUAGUUCCAAUUCCUAGCAUUCGUCUGUUUGUAGGUAAAAUUUUCACUUGUUUUGAAAAUCCUUCAUCCACUUUUUUUAAAAUUUAUUUAGAGACAAAAAUUAUUGUUCUUAUGUUUGAAGAGACAGACUUGAUAUCCCUUUUCUUUUUGAUUGAGACUAUCUUCCAGUUUUGUUUUGCCUGACCCUUUCCUGCUGUCUGCCAUGUAUUAUCAUCUAAAAGAGAGACCUCUCAGUGACUCACACAGACAAUACUGUUUCCCUGGGGAACUCUUCCCAAUGAGGAGUCUCCUCAUGAUCCCCAAACAUCACAAUGAGGUAGCCCUUAGACCCAUCUCAGUCCUGUACCUUUUCUGUGCCCUUAUGUGGUGUCUAAGCCGACCCAUUUGCCUAUCUUGAUGUUUAUUAUUCUUGUGAAUGUUUUGGGGGUCAGCUCCUUAUUCACAUGAAUAGAUAGAUCACACACAAAUCAUGCACACAUUACUGAUCAGAGCAAGAACUUAGUGUAGGAUUAAGGUAGUGUUGGUGGUACAUGAGAUUCAGGGAAUAUGUACCCAUGCCAUAAACACCACUGUUGGAUCAGAGAGGGUGGCCUACCUAGAUGCGAUUUGUACUUGCUCUACAUGCAAGCUUCUCCACCCAUGAGUCGGCCUGAAAUGAGAGCAUCUGAUAGGAAAAGUGAUGUGUAAAGGGUAGAAGAGCCAAUUGAGCCACAACAAAAGGAUAAAAAUCCCCAUACAUAUGCAGGACUUGGUCCUGCAACCCCAUGAACCAUGCUCACUUUGCCAGUGCUACCUUUGCAAUCAUUUGAGCCUCUUUUGUUUUUGAGAGAUACUAACUGGUACAUACUGGACUCACCUUAUAAAAAACCUUCUGUAAAUAGUUGAGUUUUGAAACAAAUUGGUACAGAAUCAAGCCUGUGCAAUUCAAUUGUUCUUUCAGAUUGAUCAAGUUACUUAGGUUGUUGUAGAUGAAUGAGCAGAAUUCUCACAUUGUAUUACAUUUUUUGAAUCCUUAGAACUUAAGUUUUUCAAAAUUUUGGAACUAUUAUACUUGAAGUAGCAAUUGUAGAAUAAGUUUAGUAAUGGCUGUUAUUGUCAAAAUUUGUCUUCCUAACAUAUCUUUGGUGAUUCUUGUUUUCAUCUUUGUAUUGGAAUCCAAUCCCAAACUCUUCUGUGCCAAUUGUCCUGCCAUUCACCACUAGUGUCAUUUAGGCCCUAGUGACAGAUGACAUUGUAAGUCUUUAUUCUGUAAUAGCAAUUAUCUCAGUGCCACUCCUAUUUUUUUCAUUCCAUAUUCAGUCUUGAAGAAUGAAUGUACCGCAUCCAAACCAGUAAUUUAUUUCAAUAGUCUAAAUUUUUUGGAACAUUUGUAGAUUUCUUGGAACAUAUUGAUUCAUCGACGUACAGAUAGUCUAUUGAAUUUCAUUGUCAGAGAUUUGUUCCAUAAAGAUAUGUAUUUUCGUGAUUAGUGUUUUUAUUUCAUCUCGGCCUAAUUUCAGAUCUCUGCUUACCCCACCCUCUACAAAGUAUUUGGUAUUAAUGGGAUUGAUUUUGUCUUUACUUAUUCGUUAUCUACAUCAUGAAGAUUUCUUAACAUGCGGUGUGUGCUGAGCCACUCAUUUGCAGCUAGGCAAUUCAUGAUUGCCUGUUCAUCCCCAAAAUGAGUGUGAAAAUUAAAUUUUUACAUGACUGUUGGGAACCAAAUUCCUCGCCAAAAUAAUUUGAUCUUGUAAUUCUUUCUUUUGCUAGUGUUCCUUGUUGAAAUUGUUUCAUUUAUUAUUAAUUGAUCAUCUCUAUAGGAUGAAAAUAUAUUACUCAGGAUUAAGAGGUUUAGGUUUGCACAGAUUUUGGAUUGUAAUUGAUACAUACAGAAUGUAGAAAUUAUCUACUGCUAUUUUUUAAAGCAAAAAGUAAAGGAAUAAUUUUGCAGCUAGGCCCCUUGAAUGAUAGAAGUGUACAGGUAAAAGAGUUUCAGAUAAAAUUAUUUGGAAAGUGAAUGUGAAGUGAAAGUAGACGAUCAGAAGAUGUUCUCUCACCUAACCUACUCAGCUGUUUUCAAUGAUGCUAAAAAUAUAAGCAAAAGAUAAUCAAAGAUUAAGAAAUAGUAGUGUUUGAUCAAGAAAGUGCAUUGAGUGACAGACCAAAACAUAGUAAAAGUAGUGAGAAACUUUAAGGAAUUUUCAGAUGUCCAUGUACUUCUUGAAGCAUUUUACACAGAAUAGCUUGAUUCAAAAACCAAGAAAAAUGAAUAUAUUUCAUUACAUAGAAACUGGGUGCUCGCUAUUAAAAACUGCUAACAGACCUAUCAGAAUAUCUUAUUGUUAGUGCAAUAUAACUUCCAUUCUAUGGAAACACUGAAUAUUAUGUGUUUUUAUGCUUAGAUUAGCAUUAAAAGUAGACUCACUUGAAAAAACAAAGUCAUGUGGUACCUACUUAAAGUAGAAUUACUACAAACUCUUUUACCUGUGUACCUGAACAUUUUAGUUGUUAGAAGUGUUUAUCUUAGUAAUAUAGCAUGCUUACUGUUUUUGACAUGUGACGUGAUGCAUUGUGACGUGAUUGUGCCUUAAAAUGUUGCAUAUACUGUGAUUUCAUAUUUAAGAUAUAAUUAUGUACUUUUGAAUAUUAUAAUUUUCUCAAUCAAUUUGAAAAAUGAUUAAUAAUUCCUAAACCUGUAUGUAAAGUAAUUUAAAGUAAUACCUAUAGAGAGAACUGGUGCAAUGAUUGUGUGAAUAGUAGUGUGUGACAGGGUCCUGUGCUUUUUGUAAACGAUUUGCAGCUGUCAAUAUUCAUACAUAUUGGCAGGGAGCUGUCUCCAUGUGUUAAUGUGUUUUCUGAAGAGGUUUUUUUAAAGAGUCAAAGAAGAUCUGUUGCAGGUUUCUUUUUCUAUAGUGCUUACAGAAUGCUUGCAGUGGAAAAAAGGGUAAUAUUUCUGUUUUUUUAUUGAAAUAAAUUUUUAAUAUUUAAUUAAAUAUUGGACAUAGUUCACCUAGGCAAUGGAGAACAUAAAAAUACCUACAUCAUAAUGUGGUAUAGAAUAUGUGAUUGUGAUUCAAGAACACAUUCUCUCUAGGAAAUAUUUCACUCCGUUAGCAUGUACCCAACCAUGCUGUGGCAGCAAUGAAAAACAUUUAUGUAUGAGAAUAUCUUUAGAACACUACACUUUUUCAAGCUAUCUUGCAUAAAGAUGAAUGUAUUUUAAUUAAAAAUCCACUUUCUCUGCUUACGUUUUCCAGAAUGUUUCCAUUGGUUGUAUUAAAAAACUGAAGGUGAUAUUUACUCUCUAGUCUGUGCAAAAAGCGUUUAAAUUGAUGCCUGUGUACAUUUUUGCUUAAUUAUUUUCUUUUGGUAAGGGUUAUUAUUUGAUAAAAAAUUUCAAUGGCAUUUUAUUUCGAAGAAUAAAAAUAUGUCAUCAGCUCUUAAAAGAUUCACCUGUAAGACAUGGUUAUUUCUAGACACACAGUUGUUUUAUCUGGCACAGGGCCCUGCAAAAACUGGAACUGGCUGUAAUAGUGUGGAACAAUCAGUCUGAUAAUUAUUGUUUUAAAAAUCGCCUAAUUAUGAGUUUUUUUAUGAUUAAUAUGUUGAUACUAUUGGAUUAAAUUCUUUUUAUCUCAUCUGGGCUUAAAACAUUUGUAUUGAAUAAAAGUUAAAGGUGGAAAUUAAUUUUUGUUUACUGUUUUAGAUGCAUGUGCCAUUUUGGACACAACAUACCUGGAAGAGGUAGCCAUAAUUUUACUUGUUGUUAAUAAUGUUACCUAAAUUGGACUUUAAAAUCAUAAUUACCCAGCUGUUUGUAAUAUAAAUGAAUGAAUUUAUUCUGAAUAUGUUGUUUUGUCAUAAUACUUGAAGGGCUAUAAGAUAGUGUAUGGGUUAGCAAUUUCCUUCAGAGUCCUGCAAGGAAUUCUAAGAGGUAGUUGUGGGAAUGAGUUCAGAAGAGCAAUCUUAUAAAUCAGUGAACUGUAUAAAGCAUCUUCCUAUCAUUUUGUUUUUUUAUACUGAAUUUAAGAAAUUUAGUAUUGCAAUAUUUAAUUCUUGCUCGUAAUAUUUUAAAUACUAAUGCUUCAUUACAUUUGGUUGAGGUUGUGCUGACAAAAUUCAUCAUUAAAGUUUUCGUUACUGAUUUUGUAGAAAUUUCAUUGGUUCUAUGUAGAACCUUCAUUUACAAUGAUAAGCCAUUUAUAUUUUGUGUUGCCUCACAAUACGUUUUGUUUUUGUUCAAUAGCAGUACUUUUAAGUUUGUUAUUGCUUGGUAUUUCUCUCCGCUUAAGUAGAUUAAUGUAUUCUUCGGAUUAGUACCAGGCAAUUUUCCAGAAAUUAACCCUUCUCUGGACAAGCUACUUUUGUAACAUACCUAGACAAGCAGGAUCUGCCAGACACUGUUUCAGAAAUGUGUAAAAAUGUUUUAUUCUGUGACUUUGACACAGCUAAUAUUCUAAUAACAUAAAUAUUCAUCACUAAAACCUCUCUCUUAAAAGAAGUGAUAUUUGCUUAUCAGAAACUUUCCUGUUCAAUUUUUGUUCUAGCAGCUGCAGUAACUCACAUAUCUUAAAAACUGCAAUUGCAAAGCAUCUCUUCCAUAUUAUCAGCAUGCAAUCCUUGACCUCAUACAGAGAAAUAAAUGAAUAUAUGGAUUGUUGCAUUUUGCCAUCAACCAUUGGUUAUUCCAAAAAGAACACAAGCAUGCUCCAGGAACUACUUGCCCAAGAAUUGUAUUAUAAAUGGAAAUAAAUAUUUUCAUCCUUUAUUGACCAAAAAAGUCAGUCACAAAAGAGUCGACAAUAACAUUUUCUUUUGUGUCAGUAAAAAGAGCUCACAGUGUCUCUCUCUCUGAUUGCCCGGGUAAGGGUUAAUAACUUUUCUGUUUAUUAAAAAAUGUUUAAUUUUUAAGAAGCUUAUGUUCAUUAAAUAUUGUGCAAUAAAUAACAUAUAUCUCAAAAAUUGUGUGAAAAUGAAGUUGGCUGAAUUAUCACUCACUUCAAAAUUGACGUUUCCUAAACAUAUGUGCCAGGAGCCUCUCCUGGAUAUAAGUGUGUAUGGGUUUGUGACUGUGUACAUAGAGAAAUUGAGUUCAAGCCCUAUAUUGAUAAUUCAUUCAUAAUAUAUUCAUUCCUUAGUGUUGAUAGCUAGCUAUUCAUGUAGUAGGUAGAUCAAUGUCUUUGGAUAUUCAUUAUUAUUUAAUAAUAUUGAAUAAUAUCAGUGCAAAUAAAUUCUAAAAUGAUAGUUACACUUUUAUAAAUGCUGUGUAUAUUAUUGUGUUGACCUUAUGCAAUUUUCACAAUAUUAAUAGUGAGUGUAUGUGGUUUACAUAAGUAUUAUUUGUAUCUCUCAGUGACUUUUUAACAUUUAAUACAUGUUGCACACUGCUUGAAAAACUGGGAGCAGAAAGCAUUGUGUUAAAACAUUUAUCAUCUGAAGAUAAUGUAAUUAUUGAAAAUAGGAUGAAUUUUACUGUAUUGAUCACUGGUUGAAAAUGCAUAGAAGCUGAAGUUAUUUUAUUUCAGUGAUUUUAUUGUUUUUAAAUGUGAAAGUAGUAAUCAGUGUUAUUGACAAAACUCUAUUUUUUCUUAUAAGCAUUUUAUUUUUGUUUUUAUUGUGAUAAUUGUUUCUGAAAGUUGUAUGUUUGUUAAUGUAUUGUUUUUGUAUAUGAUCAUAGAGUUUUAACCCUAUUUCUGUACAGUUGUGAUGAUGUAGAAGAAUGUUUAUUUUAUUAGUGCAAUUAUGAAAUGUAUUUCCUUUUUAAACUUUUAUAAAAAAUACUUUUAAUAUGUAGAAUAUACAUUCAAAAAACUAAAUGUCAAGAAUAAAAAAUCUUUU